CAGCUGUGAACAUGCUGAGGGCAUUUGGGUGCAUGGUGGUGUUUCAUGUGCCUAAGGAGAAAAGAGGGAAGUUGGAGGCUUCUGGAAGAUGGAGUGCUGGGAGUGUGGUUGAGCAGAUUGAGGAAGAUGAGAUCGCUCACUGCUACUGGGCACCAAUCCCUGAGCCCAAGACUCGAGAGGAGGCCUUGAAUGGACCAAAUGGGGAGAAGUGGAAGGCGACUUGCCAAGAAUGCUUGUCUGCAUGGGCUGACAAAACACAUAAGGCCUAAGUGGCAUUGGGUGAGGAGACUCCUUGAUAAGGAGUGUGUGAAAAACUUUGUGUGGUGUGUGUUCUGGAGUUUGGGAAUGUGUUUUGUGUUAUUCUGUCUGAGCAGGUGUUUGUGAUGAUAGAUCUUGAGAAGAUCUUUCCGACGCAACAAGAAUCGCUUCAAUCGGAGCAAGAACGCGAAAGCUAUGAAGAUUCAAAGUUCAUGAGCUUGCGUUACAAUUGCGGCGGUUACAAAGUGAAGUUGUGGGGUGACUCUAUAUGGAGUUGGGACCUUUGAGGCU